CAGUGAGGCCAGAGGUCACCAGGCUGCCACCUGGCAAACAGAAACACAGAAGUACCUAAACCCGGCCGCCCUGUCUCCGGCGUGGGCGCUGUCCUCCCUCCAUGCUCCACCUCGCCCACUGCGGGCCGCGUGUGACCAGGCCCAGGUCUCAGCGCGGCCGCCAUCACGGGGGCCAUGGGGAGCUCCGCCUCCUCGCUGGCCACCGAGACCGAGUCGGACCACGGCUUCCCCGGGGGACCGCCUUACCCCGGGCCCCCUGCAGCAGCCAGCUGGUGUAGGAGCGGCCCUGGGGGGCCUGUCUGGGGUGGUGCCCUGGUCACCCGGCAGCACCAGCCCCCGCGUCCCCGGGCCCGAAGCCACACACACUCGCCUGGGUCCAUGGCCACGGUUGGGGAGUGGUCCUGUGCACGCUGCACCUUCCUGAACCCAGCCGGCCAGCGCCAGUGCUCCAUCUGUGAGGCCCCCCGGCACAAGCCUGACCUCGACCACAUCCUCAGGCUCAGUGUGGAGGAGCAGAAAUGGCCCUGCGCCCGCUGCACGUUCCGGAACUUCCUGGGCAAGGAGACUUGUGAGGUGUGUGGCUUUGCCCCAGAGCCUGUGCCUGGCGCCUCCAUGCUGCCUGUCAUCAACGGGAUCCUGGCGGAGCCCAGGGCCAGCUGCAAGGAGGAAGCCGGUCCUGUGCAGACAGCGGGGCUGGCGUCCGCAGAGCCAGCUCGGGGGCGGCCCCAGGAGGAGGCGGAGGAGGAGGACACGGAGCCAGAGCAGGGGGAGGAAGGGCGGGCAGCAGAGCCCGGGAGCGGCUGGGCCUGCCAGCGCUGCACGCUGCACAACACACCUGUGGCCAACUCCUGCUCGGCCUGUGGUGGCCCCCGGAAACUCUCGCUGCCCAGAAUCCCUCCUGAGGCCCUGGUGGUCCCCGAAGUUGUGGCCCCCGCUGGCUUCCACGUUAUACCUGCCCCAGCCCAGCCCGGGGAGGGCACCGAAGCUGACCCACCCUCUGCCACCGACCAGGAGCCCCCCCGGGCACCAUCUUUCAGCCCCUUCUCGCCCACCCUGCAGAACAACCCGGUGCCUCGUAGCCGCCGCGAGGUCCCCCCCCAGCUGCAGCCACUGGUGCCUGAGGCUACCCAGCCUUCACCCUCUGCCGGCUCCAAGGGGCUCCCCCAGGGCCCAGGGCGGACUGCAUCCGGGGCCUCCCGCCUGGCAGAACUGCUGUCCAGCAAGCGGCUGAGCAUGCUGGAGGAGGAGGCCACCGAGGGCAGCCCGGCACCGCAGCGGUGCGGCUCCUGCCCCGCGCCCGGCCCCUCGAGCCCUGCCCGCUGUGAGGCCUGUGGUGCUGCACCGAGCAGCGAUGUCAUCGACCUGGCUGGGGACACAGUGCGCUUCAAGCCAGCCAGCCCCUCCAGCCCUGACUUCACCACCUGGUCGUGCGCCAAGUGCACGCUCAAGAACCCCACAGCGGCCCCCAGAUGCACGGCGUGCGGCUGCUCCAAGCUGCAUGGCUUCCAGGAGCAUGGUGAGCCCCCUGCCCGCUGCCAAGACUGCAGCGCCGAUAAGUCUGGUCCCUGCUCGGCCCACAAGGCCAGCUGCCCCUUCCCCGGGGUGCCGCCCGAGCGCCCGAGCCAGUGGGCCUGCCCUGCCUGCACUCUGCUCAACGCACCCCGGGCCAAGCACUGUGCUGCCUGUCACACGCCCCAGCUCCUGGUGGCCCAGCGCCGGGGCGUCGCGCCCCUGAGGCGCAGGGAGAGCAUGCACGUGGAGAAGCGGCGGCAGACAGACGAGGGUGAGGCCAAGGCCCUCUGGGAAAACAUCGUGGCCUUCUGCCGGGAGAACAGCGUGAACUUCGUGGAUGACAGCUUCCCCCCGGGGCCUGAGUCGGUGGGCUUCCCUGCGGGUGACAGCGUCCAGCAGCGUGUGCGGCAGUGGCUGAGGCCCCACGAGAUCAACUGCUCCGUGUCCAGGGACCCCAGUGCCCCAUGGUCCGUGUUCCGCACUCUCCGGCCCUCGGACAUCCUGCAGGGGCUGCUGGGAAACUGCUGGUUCCUGAGCGCGCUGGCCGUGCUGGCCGAGCGGCCCGACCUGGUGGAGCGGGUGAUGGUGACACGCAGCCUAUGUGCCGAGGGCGCCUACCAGGUGCGGCUCUGCAAGGACGGCACGUGGACGACAGUGCUGGUGGACGACACGCUGCCCUGUGACGAGGCCGGCUUCCUCCUCUUCUCCCAGGCCCAGCGGAAGCAGCUGUGGGUGGCCCUCAUCGAGAAGGCGCUGGCCAAGCUGCACGGCUCCUACUUCGCCCUCCAGGCAGGGCGCGCCAUCGAAGGCCUGGCCACGCUCACCGGUGCUCCCUGUGAGAGCCUGGCGCUGCAGGUCAGCUCCACUAACCCCCGCGAGGAGCCCGUUGACACUGACCUCAUCUGGGCCAAAAUGCUGAGUUCUAAGGAGGCUGGGUUCCUCAUGGGUGCCUCCUGUGGGGGGGGCAACAUGAAGGUGGACGAUGCUGCCUACGAGAGCCUGGGCCUGCGUCCCCGCCACGCCUACUCCAUCCUGGAUGUCCGAGACGUCCAGGGCUCCAGGCUCCUGCGUCUCCGGAACCCAUGGGGCCGCUUCUCCUGGAAUGGCAGUUGGUCAGAUGAGUGGCCGCACUGGCCAGGGCACCUGCGCAGCGAGCUCAUGCCCCAUGGCAGCAGCGAGGGUGUCUUCUGGAUGGAGUAUAGCGACUUCAUCAGGUACUUUGACUCGGUGGACAUCUGCAAGGUGCACUCGGACUGGCAGGAGGCGCGUGUGCAGGGCUGCUUUCCCAGCUCUGCCAGCGGGCCCGUGGGGGUCACUGCUCUCACGGUGCUGGAGCGCGCGUCCUUGGAGUUCGCCCUCUUCCAGGAGGGCAGCAGGUGGGCGGUGACGGGCGCGGGGCGGUGA